CCUUUCUCCAGUUGUGCAGCGACAAUCGUAGAAGAGCAGCUUCUCGGAAGCCAAGCACAUCUGGAGCAGCUGGGACCGCUGCUGGAGGCGGGAGAGCCCUCAGGGCAGGCGGAGAGGCGGGGCUACUCACUGGAAGGGCGGGGUGUUUGUGCCUCUUGUGCCCAGCGCACAUCUGGGUCGGCCCAUGCUCUGGCCGACUACGAGCUUUAACAUCUGGGGCCGGGCCAGGGCAGCAGCGUCCAGUGCGCAGGUGGCGCGGCCCAUGUGCCGGGCCGGCGGGUGAGGCCGCGCGGCGGGGCUGGGACAGUGCUGGCACCUCCCGAGCGGGCCCGAAGCGGCAAGGGGGCGGCCGCGAUGCCAGGCGAAAAUAUCUUUCUGUUCGUGCCUAACCUCAUCGGUUAUGCCCGGAUUGUCUUCGCCAUCAUUUCCUUCUACUUCAUGCCCUGCUGCCCCCUCACGGCCUCCUCCUUCUACCUGCUCAGCGGCCUUCUGGAUGCUUUCGAUGGACAUGCUGCUCGAGCCCUUAAUCAAGGAACCCGGUUUGGGGCCAUGCUGGACAUGCUGACGGACCGCUGCUCCACCAUGUGUCUGUUGGUCAACCUGGCCCUCUUGUACCCUCGAGCCACCCUUCUCUUCCAGCUCAGUAUGAGCUUGGAUGUGGCCAGUCACUGGCUGCACCUGCACAGUUCUGUGGUCCGAGGCAGUGAGAGUCACAAGACCAUUGACUUGUCCGGGAAUCCAGUACUCCGUAUCUACUACACCUCAAGGCCUGCUCUGUUCAUCCUGUGUGCGGGAAAUGAGCUCUUCUACUGCCUUCUCUACCUGUUCAACUUCUCCGAGGGACCUUUAGUUGGUUCCGUGGGCCUUUUCCGAAUGGGCCUCUGGAUCACUGCUCCCAUCGCCUUGCUCAAGUCCCUCAUCAGCGUCAUCCACCUAAUCACAGCUGCCCGCAACAUGGCUGCUCUGGACAUGGCAGACCGUGCCAAGAAGAAGUGAUCCUGGAACCACUCGUCCCCGGCUGCCCACCUGUCCUGGGAGUCUCUCUGUGCUCCCCUCCCCAUCUUAGGAGGUCCUAGUCUCACGUCUUCCUAAUGUGUUGUCCAGCCUGCUGGGAUGGGAGUCAGCCUCUCUUUGGUGACAUCAUGUUCUCUGUGAUCUUGGGGACUAGGACUGGGGUCCCCAAGGAUUGGGGCUUCAAGUCAGGAUGGAUGCUCAGAAGUCCCUAUGGGUGGUGCUCCUGGGAUGCCAGGAGGCCAGUCUGAGGAUUGGGCCCUUGUCACAUCCUGCUGGCUCAGCAAGACCCUGGGGUCUGGCUUGGCCUGAGUUUUAGGAACACUUGAGUGAGGGAAAAUGGUGUAGGAGCCAGAUUUCCCAAAAGACAGGGGAGUUAGACCUCUGCCUCUGACCAGAGGAAGCCCGGGGGCACUGUGCCUGGGCAGGAAGGGGCCAUCUAGCUGAAGUCCCCAUUGCAGUCUCCUCUGUCCUGUCUACCCUGGCCCUGGAAGCCUUGAUAAUAAAGGCAGGCGCUUCACUAUUCUGGACUCAAUUUCCUUUGAGACCUUCUUGGAUCAGGGCCUGGGUUGAGGGGUGCUUGGGAGAAAGGGAAGAUCCAUCUGGAUGCUUUUCCUCUAGUUGUUUGAUGUCUGGCUUUCUGUCAUUCCACGGUGACCCCAGAGAGAGGCCUUCCUGGCACCCACCUGCUUUAUGUCACUGUCUGUCUACAUUUAUUUGUAUCCUUGAUAUUUUCUACCCCCACUAGAAUGUAAACUCUAUGAGGGCAUAGGCUUUUUUUCUUCCCUCUAUUCCUAGAAUGAAGACCAACCUUAACCUGGCACACAGUAGCUGCUUAAUAAAUAUUCAUGAAUAGAUCA